CGGCCUAUCGUUUCAGUCGACAAUCAGCUAACCGAAAAAAAAAAACAAAUUUCUCAGCUGAAAUGUAUUUCAAAACGAUAGUCUACGUUUCGCUCGUCCUUUUAUCAUCAUACUCAGAAGCCGGCCACCACGGUUUCCGUACCCGGGAGGCGCAAACGUGUUCGAUCGUUUGUAGUUCCCCUAGCGAAUCAACUUCCACGACGCCUGUCGGAACUGAUUCCCCGUCAACUUCCGCUUCAACUGAACCGGCAACACCUGAAGUAACCGAGCCAGCGACAACCCCAGAAAUCGAGACAACAACGACUGAAGCGGCUACCACGGAGAACGCACCUUGGACGCCAACGCCUGAUAAUAAUACUACCCCAGGAAAUUAUCCUGCAUGUCCUUGCUUUUGUUCAGCUUCAAAUGGCCAGGUGUAUAAAGGGGGACCUCAACAAGAGGCAUCGCGACAACAUCACAGUCACCAAGCCAGAUAUCACCAAGCUAAUGCCCGAAAGUUACAAGAAAAACAUCACGCCUUUCAUCAACUAAACGCCGAAGCGAAAAGCCAUCUCCAUCCCAACGCGAAACACCACGCAACUCAACACUUACACGCCAGCGAGAAACACCAUCAAGCUGCCCAUGAACGCAACGGUUUGAGAGAAACCCACCAUCAUAACCUGGUACAGGAGAAGCAUCACGAUAAGCAGCAUCCGUGAUUAAUUAAUUAAAUUGAUAUUUUACUUCAUUUUAUAUAAUGUGAGCGUUUAUUUUUUGGGGUUAAAAUGGAAGACUUUUUUAAUGUAAUCAAUAAAAAAAAUGCAAUUUA